GUUCGCAGUUUCGCAACUCUCCCUGAGCCCACGCGUGCUCAAGUACUACCUUUUGUAUGAAUAAGCUCAGGAAACCUAGGCCUGAAGGGAUUGUGGCGUCUGAGAAUCAAACGUUCGCGACAGGUGCGAAGAAGCAACCAAGUUGGACCGUAACUUCCACCACAUCCAGAACGUUUCAGUAUGCCACUACACUGGACAGUACAAGAAAAUCUUCGGCAGCCCAGUCUGUCGCCUUUGUUAGGCCACAGACCGAAGCGGAGCAGUAUUGGGCCGCUCGUGCACUCGUAGCAGAAACUCUUCUAUAUACCAAGGCAGCGCACAAUGAGGAAGUGCGACAGAUAAUCACCUCAGAGGAGGUCAAACGUUCGCGCGAAAUAUCGGACCUCAGGAAGAUGUACAAGAAAGGCCAGACGAAACUUGAGAUAUUCAUCCUCGUACUGUUGGGAAUACUGUUCACCGGCUUCUCGCUGCUUUUAUUCCUCUUGGUCAAGUCCGAUACCCAGCAACAGCCCAGCCGGGCACCCGCUCACUUCACGAUUCCUAUUUUAUCGCCGUUCACUUCUGUGGUCGAACACGAAAUGUCUACUAUGUCUUUCCGGACCACUUCAUGUCUGCUUCUGUUCGGCUGUAUACUCUUGUACGCUAUAUACCGACAUUGGAUAGGACGACUACACGCAAGAUAGGUCGGCGCCUUCUCUAGUACGGAUAUUGUAUGAUGACGUUCCUUUUCCUUUGUAU